AUGUUUUCUGGAUGCAAAAAGUAUCAAUCUGAUAAAGAGCGUAGCGUCUUCAAAACGGUGGUGCUGACAGGACGCAACCGACCACCUCCUCAAAUUUCUCCUUCCUCUUCUCUUAUAAAUACACCACCACCACCUCGAAAUUCGAAGCAAAUUAAUAGUAUUUCCCAAACGAAGAGCAAAAGAUUGAUCAGUCACACAUUCAACAGGGAAAAGAAGGGAUAUAUAAAUAUUAUGUCUCUUAGAGCUCGGCCGGUUGUAAAUACAUCCUCAUCCGACGAGGAGGAGGACGAGAAGGAAAUGAUAUCCAGCAGCCGUAAACCACCACCACCAUCUCUUUCGCAACGAGCUAUAUCACAGACGCUAGCUAGCACAGCCCAACUAUCCAACCUCCUCCCAACAGGCACCCUCCUAGCCCUCCAAACUGUAACACCCAUCUUCACCAACCACGGCUCCUGUGACGCCGCCACACGUCCACUCACUGCCAUCCUUCUCAUCUUCCUCACCGCCGCUUGCUUUCUGGCGAGCUUCACCGACAGCUUCAAAUCCUCAGACGGGCAGGUCUUCUAUGGGUUUGCAACGUUCAAAGGCAUGUGGCUCUUCGAUUACCAAACGGCAGCUGCAUCACCCUCCGGUUUACCGGACCUGAGAAAAUACAGGUUGAUGGUGGUUGACUGGAUUCAUGCUUUUGUGUCGGCAUUUGUGUUGGUGACACUGGCCAUGAGAGAUAGGAGCGUGGUGAGUUGCUUUUAUCAACGACCAAGUCAUGAGGUUCAAGAGGUUCUGGACAUCGUUCCAUUGGGGCUUGGUCUUAUUUGCAGUAUGGUGUUUGUCAUCUUUCCUUCAAAGAGACAUGGCAUUGGCUACCCCGUUACUCAUUGA